GAGAGAGAGAGAGAGAGCGAGAGAGAGAGAGAGAGGAAACCCUGGGUACCGUGGCCAAAUAAGGAAAGCUACGAUAGGAGCGUUUCUUUAUUUGGUGUCCCAGAAGGUGCUGGGACAAUGUUUUACGCUCACUUUGUCCUUAGCAAACGUGGGCCGCUGGCCAAAAUUUGGCUGGCGGCCCACUGGGACAAGAAGCUGACCAAGGCACAUGUGUUUGAGUGCAACCUGGAGAGUAGCGUGGAGAGCAUCAUCUCACCAAAGGUGAAAAUGGCCCUGCGCACAUCUGGUCACUUACUCCUGGGUGUUGUGAGGAUCUACCACAGAAAAGCCAAGUAUUUGCUUGCUGACUGCAAUGAAGCUUUUAUCAAGAUCAAAAUGGCUUUUCGUCCAGGUGUAGUAGAUCUGCCUGAGGAGAAUCGUGAAGCUGCCUAUAAUGCCAUCACUUUACCUGAGGAGUUCCAUGACUUUGACCAACCGCUUCCAGACCUUGAUGAUAUAGAUGUUGCCCAGCAGUUUACCCUGAAUCAGUCUCGUGUAGAGGAAAUCACCAUGCGCGAGGAGGUGGGCAACCUGAAUUUACUGCAAGAAAAUGACUUUGCUGAUUUUGGGAUGGAUGAUCGAGAGAUGAUGCGUGAGGAGAGUGCAUUUGAGGUGGACAUCAUCCAUGGAGCUUCUGCCUCUAACCUGCUUCUGGAACCAGAGUCUACCAGCAGUCAGAUGACAGAUAAAUCCAACCACCUGGAGUAUGAUCAGUAUAAAGAUGACUUUGGAGAUAACCCAAUGGAGAGCAGUGAGGGAGGCAUGCUAGUGGACAAGCUCCUCAGUAAUGAGGAUGGGGGUGGUAUUUUUGAUGACCCACCAGCCAUUACUGAAAGUGUCAUGAUGCCACAGGAUCAUGGCGGAGAUGAUGACGAUGAUUUUGACAACCUGUCCCCAGCAGGAGGUCCAGACAGUCCAGACUCUGGGCCUGUGGAGCAGCUUCCCACAAUGACAGACCAGACAGAGCAGACCACACUGGUGCACAAUGAUGAGGAGACCUUUGCUCUUGAGCCUAUUGACAUCACAGUCAAGGAGACCAAAGCUAAGAGGAAAAGGAAGCUGAUUGUGGACAGUGUGAAGGAACUGGACAGUAAGACCAUCCGGGCUCAGCUGAGUGACUACUCAGACAUUGUCACCACUCUGGACCUGGCUCCCCCUACUAAGAAGCUGAUGAUGUGGAAGGAGACAGGAGGGGUGGAGAAGCUCUUCUCCCUGCCUGCUCAGCCACUGUGGAAUAGCAGGCUCCUUAAGAUGUUCACACGGUGCCUGACUCCACUCGUGCCAGAGGAGCUAAGGAAGAGAAGGAAGGGUGGAGAGGCUGACAGUCUGGAUGAGUUUCUCAAAGACCUGGAGAACCCAGAGGUGCCAAGAGAGGAGGCUCUGUCACAAAGAGACAUAAUAGAUCAGACCAUCCUCGAGGAGCCCAAUGUGUUGCAGGCCUCUGCCAUGGAGGGCAGUCGGACCACUCUGGAUGAGUCAGUCAUGCCUCCUCCCUCCAACCACCGAGGCCAGAAGCGCAAGGUUCAAGACACAGAGCCUGCUCUGCCUAUGCUGGAGGAUGACCGUUCUUCUAUUGUGUCCACACGGCUCAACGUGCAGCAAGUUGAGCUCCCUCCAGAAGAACCUGCUAACAUUUCCCAGCUCAUCCCUGAAUUAGACCUACUUGGAGAGAAGAACAAAGACAAAAAGGAUGAUGAUGAAGAAGAAGAGGAAGAGGAGGGCCAAGGUGGAGACCUGGAUCAGGAGGAGAGAAGAUGGAAUAAGAGGACACAGCAGAUGCUACAUGGCCUGCAGAGGGUGCUCGCCAAAACAGGAGCAGAAUCAAUCAGUCUGCUAGACCUUUGCAAGAGCAACAACAGGAAGCAGGCAGCAGCCAAGUUCUACAGUUUCCUAGUGCUGAAAAAGCAGCAAGCGGUGGAGCUGACACAGGCUGAGCCUUACAGUGACAUCAUUGCCACUCCUGGUCCCAGAUUUCACAUCAUAUAAUCUACAACACAACAGUCAAUUGACACUGGCAGAUAUUUUUAUUUUAUUUUUUUUUUUAUUAUUGUAAAUGACCUGUUACAUCUACCUUUCUGUUUAUUAACGUAGAUGAUGGGUUUUUAUGUAACUUAUAAGGUUUUGGAUUUUUUUGGUUUAAUGUAGAAUCAUGCUGCAAGUGCAGAGCAAAAGUAUAGUUUAUGGAUUUUAGCAUUUAUAUUAAAGCUGAUGCUCAUUUAUUUUUAAGGUGGUUUCAGCGUCUUCCCUUAAUUAAUAAUAUUUUGUCAGCUAAUUUCUAAUUUAAAUUCGUGAAUGGAUUAAUUCCACACAUUUUGCAUGUUUCAUAUGGAAUGUUACCUGAUAUAUAAUGGUAUGUUUUCCUUGUACCACUAAUUUCACCUUUAUAUAAAGGUAACAAGUGCUUGAACACCAAAAUAAUAACAUUAACUGACUACAUACUGAAAAAAAAUUGUGUUUCUAGUGUGGAAACAUGCCUAAUCUUAAUGCCCAUGUUUUUGUAUGGGUUUAAAAAGAGAAAAAGUUCAGAUUGCCCUGGUGCUCAAAGAGCAUGAAUGUUCUGAACAUGUAAAGAAAGUGCAGCUUCAAUUUGUCAUGUAGACAAAGCUGAAAUGAGACUGAUAGUUAUUAACUGUGAUAUAUAAUAGAUUAAAUAAUAUAUUGAUAUUGCGCCAUUUGUUUUAAACGUUUUUUCAUCCAUUGUGCAAGCAUCUGUUGUUGUCAUCUGUUGCAAGUAUGAAGUGUUACAGAAAUGGCAACUAUUCAAUUUUGUAUUUAUCUUCUGUGAUAAUUAUGUCCUGUUACAGUACAGCUUUUAUUCAAACGCCUUUUAUUUAGGCGUAUUUACUAGUAAGUUUCCAUUCUGCUUGUCUAUAUGGAAACUGUUGAAAAUACCACAGUAUUACAGUCACACUUUGUUAUUGAUAUUGUUGCCUGUAGCCUGUUAUCUAACAUGUUAUGUAACAUGUGUUAUCUAAUUUUUGUAAUAAAAUGUUGGGAAAAAAUGUAAACAUUUAAAUGCCAUCAUAAAGCUUACUUAGGAACAGUUGAAAACGUACUGUUAUAGCAUUUUGUACAAUUGUGUGCUUCCAAGUUUGUAAAUUCGUUCAAGAACCACAUAAACAAACAUUGUGUGUACUUAUUCCAUAUAUUGUGUGUUGUUCUGUUAAGAAAAAAAUAACUUAUUAAAAAAAUGAUUUGCAAAUUUUCUUUUACUUUAAGGUAUUGUUAUUGAAAAAAAUAUAUUUACUGUUUAAUUUAAUUUCUUUUUUGAGGAAAAGCUAUUCUACUGGCUGUUCGA